UGUAACUGUAAUUGGUUGAGAGGAGCAAAAGAGAAGCAGCCGAAAUGCUGGCCUAUUGUCAAGCUACGGAGUCGCCAGUUCAGAGUAGGUAAUAAUUACUGUGUGGGGGUGGGAUGCGGAGUCACACAAUUGCACGGGAAGAGGAAAAAUCGAGGCAACAAAACCGUAAUAUUUCUGCUCUUUCUCUCUCCCUCGGCUUUUUCUCGAACGAUCAUUGCAAGGAAAGAAAGCAAAUGCCUUCCCUCAAAAGGAGGAAAAAGAAUCUAAAAGUGAGAUAAGUGGGAGAAAUAAUAGGCUUCGAUUUCCGCCCUUGUGUUUCCUGUCUUUGGCAUGCUGGCUUUUGGAGCUCUCCGUCAAACGGCGAAAUUGGAAAACAAAAAAGGCUGGAAUCUUGGGAAGAAUCCAGAGACGAUGGUGUGACUGGAAAUGGUUGUGGACCGUGAUGAUCUAUCAUAAUAAUGAAGAGUAGAACUAGAAUUCCCAGUGAUGGCCUCUGGAGCUGCUGUUUGGUUGCGUUGAUGUGAGUUCCAAACCGGGAAUCAUGGCCUGUAGGGAAUCCUUCGACGUCAGCAUGCACAAGUGUCCGGUGCAAUCCCCACGAGGUGGAUUCAGUGCAGGAGGACCUGAUGGAAUGUCCUCGGCGAUGCCUGUACAUGUUCUAAACAUCAAUAUCGAGGAGCCUGUGAAACGAAAGCGCAGGCGACCGAGGAAAUAUGGUCCUGACGGUUCAAUGGCCCUUGCCCUGACCCCUGUACCGACUGCCGCUCCGUUGCUGCCCAGAUCUGGUGGAUUCUCACACUCUACAGAGGCUACUAACACCGUGACAUUGGUCUCAGCAGAUACUAUAAAGAAAGCAAGGGGCCUGCCAAAAGGUUUUGGCAAGAAGCUGCAGAUGCUUGCUCUGGGAUCAGCAGGGGUUGGGUUUACUCCUCAUGUGAUUACAGUAAAGACUGGAGAGGAUGUAUCAUCCAAAAUCAUGUCCUUUUCUCAGAAUGGACGACGUGCCAUAUGUGUCCUUUCGGCAAAUGGUGCUAUAUCAAAUGUAACUCUUUGUCGGGCAUCAACAUCCGGUGGAUCUGUAACUUAUGAGGGACAAUUUGAAAUCUUAUCAUUAUCGGGAUCAUUUCUACUCACGGAGAGUGGUUGGUGGUCAGCAUAGUCGAACGGGUGGCUUGAGUGUUUCACUGGCUGGUCCCGAUGGACGUGUUUUAGGUGGUGGAGUUGCAGGACUUUUGACAGCUGCAUCCGCGGUCCAGGUGGGAAAAAAGAGUCAAAGCAGAUUAAUGACUUGGAUUCGGCAUCUGCCCCUGCAAAGCAUUCUCCAGGAGGGAGGUCGCCGGCAGGCAGCGGUCCAACCACCCACACGGGGCACCUUAAGCGAAUCCUCCUGCAGGCCUGCGAGUCCUCACAAAUGGGAGCACUGGGACACUUAACAACAGCAACCGGCAGGGCUUCUCCAACAUGCACUGGAAAUAGCUGACCCUGACACCACCGUGGAAUCUUAGUUCUUGGUGAAGAGGAACAGCAAUUGCUGGUCAUUGCCUGCACCACCUCAGAUCUUUGCUCAGUACCGUGUUGUAGUUUAGAGGCAAGCAGAUCAUCUUUGUAGCUACAUUAUCUAGCUGUUUGUGCUCCUAACAGUGUGUAGAUGUUGCAUGGAGUUAAUCCGUGCAUUAUUAUUUCUCUGGUUUGACUA